UUCUGCUUAUUAUCGCAGGCGGAACCAAAGCAGCCCGCAGUGUUAGACGGAAUAGUUUAAGCGCGGACACACGGGCCGGAAGUUUUGUGCCGUGCGGAGGUCAAGCUAGUGGAGUCUGUCAGGUUUGGAGAAAUUCAGGACACACGUCCAGGUUGCCCUCUGCUCCAUCAGUCAGGACCGUCAGACCGGCAGCGAUGGUGAAGAAGAAGCGGCUCCGCCUGAUCGCAGAGAUGGCGCGGAAGGUGCGGGCUUACCGGGAGCUCAAAUCCCGGCCGCGGGACUCGCAGAGGUACGCCCUGGACUACGAGACGAUGAAGCGGCCGCACACGGGCAAGACGCUGCCGGUGCUCGCCUGGCAGGACGUGCGCAGAGAGAGCCGCCUCCUCUCCCUGCUGGCCGGCAUGAGGAUGUUUGGAGUGGGCCGCCUCUUCACACGGAAGUCCUGGCUCACAGAGCACCCGGAGCCCAGCUACUGGCACAUCACCAAGGUCAAGGUGGACUACACCGCUGAGAACAUGGAUCAUGGCAGAGUGUGGGGAAUCCUUACCUAUAGAGGAAAGCAGGAGAGCGAGGUCCGGGAGUUGGAUAAGGUGAUGUACCACGACUGGCGCCUGGUGCCCAAACAUGAAGAACAGCAGUUUAAGGAGUGUGAGCCGCUCCCGGAGCCGCCGCUGCGCCACAUGCCCUACCCCCCUCUGCUGCGUGCCAUGCUGCUGGCCCAGCAGAGGAAAGCAGGCGGCGGCUCGGCAGUCGAGGAGCCGGCCUUACCGUUAAAGCGGGACGUUCUGCUCAACAAAGACUAUUUCCGCAAACAGGAGCAAGAGAGGCAGAGGAAGGAGGGGACACCUGUGUGAUCCACAGCAGAGCUCCGAGUCAAGGAGUCACUAAUGUCUGACCUUUUUAACAUGGCCGGUGUCGACGGCCUCCUGUUGCAUCAAACACUGAGUCGUCUGUGCUGUUAAACGGACUUAAAUGAGUUCACCUCUCUUUGUUGUUGUUUGUGCAAUGCUGUAAAUAUUAAAUUUGCAACAGUAUACUAGUA